AUGCAAGUGACACCUGGAACUGCCGCUGCAGCAGCUGGCAACUCGGCUGCUGCUUCUGCUUCUGCUGCUUCUGCUGCUUCUGCUGCUGCUGCUGUGGUAGACGCGGCUGCUGGCGGUUCAGCUGGUGCUGAUGGCGCUGUUGCUGCAGCAGUGUCGCUCCCCCCAGGAGCAGGUAAUCGUGGCCGCGCGCUCCACGGUGUGACCUCCCCCAGUAGCAGCCCGUUCAGCACUGACGACCGCGCUGGACGCUCCGAACCCCGGGGUGCAAGCACCGGUGGUGAAGGCAGGAGGAGAGAGGCGACGUGGGAGGAAGCGGGGAGCUGGCGCGGGGAGGGAGGAGGCACGGGAAGAGGAAGGGGAGGGAGGGAGCAGGGCGGCGGGGAAGCAGGAGGAGGCAGAGGUGGGAGGGAAGGAUCGGGAGUCGGCGCGUGGGGUGCGGGUGCUGCUGGUGUUGGUAGUGGGGGAGUCGGGGUGGGUGGAGGGGAAGAGGGAGAGGGGAUGAGAGGUGAAGGGCGGUGGUGGUGGCAAGGAGAAGGGGGAGGAGAGCAGGAGCCCGGAGCUGGUAAGGAGGAGGAGGAGGAAAAGCAGGAGGAGGAGGCGGAGCAGAAGGAAGAAGAGGAGGCGACUGCCUCCCUUUCCUCCCUAGCUUCCUUCGCCUCCCUCGGGCCCCUCGCCUCCCUCGCACCCCUCGCUGCCCUCACCAGCCGUCCUCCCGUGUUCAAUGCAGGGCAACAGCCCUCGCGCUUGCUGGAGCACCUUCAAUCCGUCCUGCAGUCGUCGCACGGCAUAGGGGCCGCGCUCAGGGCGGCUCUUGGCCACAGCAGCAGGCUCGUAGGCAGUGACGCGGCACCAGGGGCGGCGGGUGCAGCAGUGGCGGCAGGUGGAGCAGCGGCGGCACCUGCUGCUAAAACAGAAGAUUCAAUUGCGUGGGAUGGUGGCGCAAGGGCGAGAGGAUUGUGGGGGGAUGAGAUGAGGGGAGCGGUGAGGGGAGAGGUGAGGGGAGAGGUAGGAGGAGAGGUGAGGGGGGACAUGGGGGUGGAGGUGCGGGGUCAGGGGAGGGGAGAGGCGUGGGGAGCGGUGAGUGAGGGAGAAGUUGCAGGGGAUUUGCUGGGCAGAGGCGUUGUUUCUGGGGAAGCAGGGGAUGCAGGGGGUGCAGGGGAUGCAGGGGGUGCAGGGGAUGCAGGGGAUGCAGGGGGUGCAGGGGAUGCAGGGGGUGCAGGGGGUGCAGGGGGUGCAGGGGGUGCAGGGGAUGCAGGGGGUGCAGGGGAAGCAGGGGGUGCAGGGGAUGCAGGGGGUGCAGGGGAAGCAGGGGAUGCAGGGGGUGCAGGGGAUGCAGGGGGUGCAGGGGAAGCAGGGGAUGCAGGGGAUGCAGGGGAUGCAGGGGGUGCAGGGGAUGCAGGGGGUGCAGGGGAAGCAGGGGAUGCAGGGGGUGCAGGGGAUGCAGGGGAUGCAGGGGGUGCAGGGGAUGCAGGGGAUGCAGGGGAUGCAGGGGAUGCAGGGGGUGCAGGGGAUGCAGGGGAUGCAGGGGAUGCAGGGGAUGCAGGGGAUGCAGAGGGGCGGCUGCGCGUGCAGGGGCAGCAGAAGCGCGUGGUGGUGCGCACGGAGUGUGGCGAGAACGACGUGCUGAGGGACGGCCACAAGUGGCGCAAGUACGGCCACAAGGAGAUCAAAAACUGCCCCUUUCCCAGGAGCUAUUACAAGUGCGGGUACCCGGGGUGCAGCAUGAAAAAGCACGUGCAGCGGUGCCCUUCCAACCCUGCUAUGGUGGUUACCACGUACGAGGGCGAGCAUAGCCACACCCCCGCUGACGACUCUGCUUCUGCUGCUGCUAAUGCUAAUUCUAAUGCUCACACCAGCGUUUUUGCCGCUGUUGGUGCUGGUGCCUUGGCUCCUUCAUUUCACGUCAUUGCAGACAUUUUCAGUAGUGUGGUUUCCCCUCUGACCCUCCAGCUUCGGGCUAUAAGGCAUUGGCAUUAUCCUCUGUUACGUUGCAUCUCCCUCCCACCGUCAGGCAUGACGCGAUCCGUGCUUCUAACUCCACUCGUCAUCCUUUCUCAGCUUCUCGCCGUCCUUCUGCUGCCUUCCGCUGCGAUCCCCUCCUUCCACCCACACUUUAUGAAACCGCGCGAGUCGCAACAGCUCACAAUCCGAAAAUUCCUCUCCAGCAACUCCCUGGAGGCAAAACCCGACUUUCACCCUCCAGACGGUUCCGAUUCCAGUCAAGCAGCUCCACGUCAGCAAGCUAGCGUUUCCGCGUCGCAGCCUCCCGUGUGCGGCGGACCCGGUGCUGCAGGCGAACCGUCCGCCGAUGGGAGGCCCUGCCGCAUGGCACUGUCCCAGCCUGGGAGCGGCGAAAGACCUUUGCCGACUCAGAUGAAAGUCCCGUCAUUUGCAACGGAAACAGCUAGCGACGCGAGUCGACUUCUCUUGGAUAACUCAGCUGCCGCGGGGAAGCGCGGCGCGGAACUCGGCGAAGGCAGCAGCGCCUCCGUGGCGGACGAUGCUGUCAGCGGCAGCAACGGCAUUGGCGAACUGAUCGCCCGGAUCGCUCAGAUACGAGUGGCAGCCGUAACGGACGGAAACGGUGACCUCGAAGAACCCGACGCGGCUCGGGUGAAGCCGCUGCAGACGGCAAAAGACGCGAACUUGGACGAUAUUCCGGCGCGUUCCGAUGGCACGGCGACUGCUGAUGCCGGUGGCACGACUGCGGAUGCUGGUGGCACGAAUGACGAUACUACUGAUGCAGAGCACAAUGGCAUCGCGGUGGAGUCGAAUGCUGGCGGUGAUUCGGAAGCUUCUAAAGGGGGGAAGGGCGGCGGGGGAACUGAAGGGGACUCCUUGAAGGAAGAGAUUGACGGCGCGGAGGUAACCGGCGAGGCGGGCGGAGAGUUGGCGCAAGAUGCGGGAGAGGAUGGUGAUGUGGGGAAGACGGCAGAGGGGAACGAUGAGCAAGAAGAGGUGGCGGGAGAGGGAGAUGGAGAGGUGGAUGGAGAGGGCGAGGUUGAGGGAGAGGGAGAGGGCGACGGUGAGGGCAAGGGCGAGAGCGAGGUGGGCCAAGAAUCUUCUUCGGGUGCGGUGACGGCGGCGGGGGUUGACAAGGAUAACGAGGAAACAGUUGCGACGCCAGUGGCGGGGGCGAACGACGAGGUGCAGCAGGGCGACGAGCAGGAGCAGCAGGAGAAGACGGAGAAAGAGAAGAAGGAGAAGGAGGGCCAAGGUGUGAAGCCUGCAGCGAGUAAGGGAGUGAUUGCGCCCGCCGACGACAAAGACGACAACGGGCGGCAGCCUCUCGCGGCCUCCGUGUCUGGUUCCGCUGCCACUUCGCAUAAGCCGUCGUCAGCUUCGCUCACGUCGCAGGAGUCGUCUGAGUCGUCGCUCGGUGCAGCGGACUUGGAGGUGGUGGGCGUGCCGCAGCUGACGGAGAUCAGCAGCGCUUCCGGCGACGUGCGGCUGACGCUCGACCAAUACGCCGGAUCGCGCCACGCUUCCCAUCUUCCGCCAUUCUACUCUCUUCGCCUGACAACACACACCCUCGCCUCCGCUCAUCUUCUUUCGGCCCUUCCCCGCCCAUUCCCCUCCGUGCGCGCAGUGGGCGCUGUCAGCUCCAAGUCGUUCCUGCACUACGGCUUCGCGUCGGCGCGGAUCAAGGUGCCGCCCGUGUACUCGGGGAGCGUCAUCACCACCUUCUAUCUCACGAGCAAGCUGCCUGGGCGGCACGACGAGAUCGACUUUGAGCUGAUUGGCAGCGAGAGCCCGGCCGGCAUCCGCAUCCACACCAACUACUACGCCAACGGCAGGGGCGGGCACGAGGAGCAGAUGCAGCCGUGGUUCGACGCCACGAGCGAAUUUCACACGUACAGCGUGCGCUGGUCGCCCGAGGCCAUUGUCUGGUAUGUGGACGGUCGGCCCAUCCGUGAGACGCGCUUCAACCCUCACAACCAAGCAGUUAAUGUGGUGUCACCGCUGCGCGUGUGCGCAAGCAUCUGGUCUGCCGACUGGGCUAUGCCUCCUGUACGCUCCCCGCCCCGUGCUCCCCGCCCCAUGCUCCCCGCCCCAUGCUCCCCGCCCCGUGCUCCCCAGCCUCCUCUUCCUCCUCCUCUUCUUCCGUGCCGUUCAGCCCUGCCUCGUCGAGCUGACGGCCUUACCUCCGCGUUUUCCUCUAGCAUCUUUUCAUUCGUGAUUCCGUUUCCUCUUCUGCUGCUGUUAUGCGGUUGCAUGAUGGACUGGUCGUACGGCCCGUUCACAGCCCAAUACCAGGGCUUUAACUAUUCCUCCUCCAACUACUCGCACGCCACUCAACCCAAGAGCUCGCCUUCCAAAAGCAACAGCACUGAGGAGGGGGAGAGGCUUGGGGAAGAGGGACUGAGUGCACAGGAGAGGGCGGAUAUGCAGCAGAUGCGAGCGCAGUAUUUGACAUACUCGUACGUGGACUUUUACAGGGAGCUGGCUAAGAAGGAAGCUGAGAGUGCUGCUGCUGCUCCGUCUCCCACUCCUUCUCCUUCUCCUCCUUCUUCUCCUUCACCUUCUCCUUCUCCUACUCCUCCUUCUCCUUCUCCUUCUCCUUCCCCUUCCCCUUCUGCUGACGCUGCUGCUGCUCCAAAAAGUGCUGCUGCUCCCAAGAGUGCUGCUGCUCCCAAGAGUGCCGCUGCUCCCAAGAGUGCCGCUGCUCCCAAGGGUGCCGCUGCUCCCAAGAGUGCCGCUGCUCCCAAGGCCGCUGCUCUCGAGGGUGCUGUCGCCAACAAAGGCAAGGAUGGUCUGAACCAGGGAACCUCAGUGAAGCAGGCCUGA